CGGACGCGGGGGCAGCGCUUGCCCUCGCCGAGGUGGCUGCCUGGGUAGUGCGAGAGCUCCCGGUGUACUACUCACGUACGUAACAACGCAGCUGCAGUAAUUGCAACGUACCUCCCUAGCCAAGUAUGGCGUGAGAAGAACAGCUCCAAGGUCUCAACCCAUGCCUUUAAUGCCUGGGAAGGGUGAGUGGGUUCCAGAACAAAAGACUCCGGAACACCAUAGCUGAUUGCUUCAGCCAGGGUCUGGUUGCCAGGUGUGGAGGAAAGCGGGAGGACAGGACACUGUCUCAACAGGCAGCCCAAACCCAUGUCAGCUUCUUCGAAUGCAAUGACUCAGCAGCUGCAGGAUGAAUUUGACAGUAGUGUGGAAAAUGCAGAAGCUUGGAUGAAGGCCAUCCAAGAGAGGCUGAGGAUCAAUGACAACACCAAGGGACCUCGAUCUGCCCUAGAAGCCAGACUGAGAGAGACUGAGAAAAUACUUGCACUAGAACCAGAAGGCAGCUUGAAAAUGGACUUGAUUCUUGCAAAGGCAGACACUGCUCUUCGCAGCAUCGGUGAGGAUAAGAAGCACGAGGUGCUAUCUAAACUGAAAGACAUUAAAGCCUUGUGGGAAGAGACAGCCAUAUACAUUACUCACUGUCACAGCCGUAUUGAGUGGGUCUGGCUGCACUGGAGUGAGUACCUGAAAGCCCAAGAUGAGUUUUACGCAUGGAUUCACAACAUGAGGGUGACCUUGGAACCUGACAUUGAGUUGCAGCUUGGCUUAAAGGAGAAGCAGUGGCAGCUGAGCCAUGCUCAGGUUCUGCUGAAUGAUGUCUUAAAUCAGUCAGUCCUGCUGGAAAGGCUGCUAGAGGAAGCUGCUUCCUUGUUCAACAGGAUAGGUGACCCCAGCGUUGAUGAGAAUGUUCAGAAGAAAAUGAGGGUGGAAUAUGAAGGAAUCAGGGAAGAAGCUCAGAGCAGAGUGAAACUGCUUGAAAAGAUAACCAAGGAACAUGAGCGGUACAGCGCUAACGUCAACCAGUUUCGAUCCUGGCUGAACGGUGUGACAGAAAGAUUCAACUGCUGCACUGGAGAUGCAACCAAGUCUUCGGUAGAGGACAAGUUAAAGGCACUGAAGGAAAUUGCCAAAUCCAUUAGGAGUGGUGGAAGGAAAUGGAAGCACCUUGAAAAUCAGUGUGCAGAGGUGAUUCAGAAUACCUCCCCACUCGGAGCUGAGAGAAUGAAAGAUGAACUCGAAGAGCUAAGAAAAGACUUGGAGAAGUUGAAACUGCUGAGUAGGGAGGAGGAGGAGAGAUUGCUCAAGAUCCAACAGUCAGAAAGUGCCUAUGAGUCCCAAGCCAGACAAUUAGAAGCAGAUGUCCAGGGGCUGAAAAAAGAUCUACAGAGACUAGAAAAUGACCUGGACCCUGGGGAAGGGGAAAAGACUGAAGACGAGUUUGUAACUCUUUGGAGAAAAUGCAAUGCAACGAGAGCAGCUCUGGCUGCGGAAGAGUCCAAGGUUGAGAGGCUGAAGGCUCAGCUUAAGGAACUGCUACGGUUUUCCCAAGAUGUGCAGCCACAUGCUGAGAGCGUUGUCUCUGCAAUACAGCAGUAUCAAAGUGUUAGAGGCAAGAUAUCUAAAAUGAGCACUGAUACAGAAACCCAACUGAGAAGACUCUUCCAAAAUCCCCUGCAAGAUUUUGAACAGUGGAAGCCAUCAGUCCAGAUGCUCCUGGAGACUCCAGAGCCAGCGCUGGCUCACAUUGAGGCUGCUCUAGCUGAAAGCUCCCAGUUCAAAGAGAAGUUGAUGACAUUACAGCUGAAGAAGGAUUUGCUAAACAAUAUCCUUGGUGAGGAAAAAGCAAAGUCUUUCCUGCAAGAAGUAGCUGAAGCUUCAAAAGAGAGAGAAAUUCUACACAAAAGUCUUCUGCAAAGCAAGAGCAAACUCCAGAGUUUGAUAUCGCAACAUGAAGACUUUGAUGCUGGUUUCGCACCUUUGCAGAAGAAAUUAUCUGCCAUCAAAGCCAAAUUAGAUCUAGAGAAGGAACCACGGCCUGACCUCUUGGGUAAAAAGACACAACUCCAGAGACUCCAGAUGAUCCAAGAUGACUUGGCAGAGCUUGUGAUUCAAAUGGAUGAGGUAGCAAAGCUUGUUCAGUCAAAUACCACACACAGGCAUGAAAUGAACCAACUUACAUCUGACUUGCAGGCCCUGAAGAGAUCAUUGGAGAUGAUGAUACAGCAGAGUGAGGAGCACGUUCAGAAGCACUGGGCAUAUAAUGACAAACUCUCUGACCUCCAGCAGUGGAUCACAGUAACCACAGAGAAGAUUGGGUCCUACCAGAGUGCUGAUGGAGAGCAGAACACCGAGGGCAGGGUGGCAGACCUUGAGAGAUGGCUAGCUGAGUUUCCAGAUAAGGAGAUCCAGCUGCACCUUGUGGAAGCUCAUGGCCAGCUGGUCAUGGAGAAUUCUUCUCCAGAGGACACUGCCCAUGUCCAGGCAGAGCUGGAUCAGCUGAAGGAGUCAUGGAGAUCACUGAAGGAGAUGGCAACUGGACUUCUCAAAAAGUGGCAUUUAAAUAGACCAGUGGCUGAUAAGAAGAAGAAAGUAGCAUUUGUGGACAGCAGAUGGAUGUCUGGACCUGCCCUCCAUCUUUUAGAUGUAGAUCCCAACCAUAAGCAGGAGGGGAUAGGAGAAGGGCAAAAUACGAGCAGCCACUUGAAGCUCCUACAUGACUUUGAAGAGUGGUUAGAAGAAGAAAACACCAAACUGACCAAAAUUCUUGCUGCAACUUCAUCUUCCACAGAGGAAAUUAAGGCACGCCAGAGCAGACUGGAGGAGCUGCAGUCUCGUGUGCCAGAUGGUCAGCGUCAGUUUGAGGACCUUCUUCAUCUUCAUCCUGUCAUUGGAAACUCUGAAGAUCUGGAGGACCUGCGUUACCGAUGGAUGCUUUACAAAUCUAAACUGAAAGAGUCCAUGAAUUCACCGCAGAGUCCUGGAUCUUUGGAAGAAACGGACAGAUUCAGAAAGAAGCGCUCUGGAGGCGUUUGCUCAUUCCUGCAUCGAGUGUGCUGGGCAGCAUUACCAUUGCAACUGCUCCUCUUGCUCCUUCUGCUCCUGGCCUUCCUCCUGCCCCUGGCAGAGGAGACCCACAGCUGCACGCUGGCCAACAACUUUGCUCGGUCCUUCAACCUGAUGCUGAGAUACGAGGGCCCACCUCCAACCUAACUCCUUGGCAUGGCACAAGGUGACUCAGAAAUAAAGACUUUUUUUUUUCUUAACAACUGCAAAUAUUGUAGAUUUUAAGGCUUCUAACAAGGCCAUCAUACCAACUGGAUAGGUCACAUUAAUGCAACAUAAGAUUAGUCCACUUUAAUCAGGUAUUUGAGAAAAUUUAAUAUUUUUACAAUAUUUUAUUAUAAUAUUUAUAAUGUGUAUAUAAGAUUGUGUAUGUGUAUGUAUGUACAUAUAUAUAUAUAAAAUGCAUAUCUGUGGUCACACUAAAAUCCUCCAUCUGCUCAUCCACUGUUUGGAGAUAAUCCUGCAACAUUUCUGUUUCUACCAUCUUUCAGCAAGGAAUACUGAAUGAUGGUUUGGUUGUGGGGUUUUGGGGUGAUUUUUAAAACCAGAUUCUUUUUUACAACCAAAGUCAGAGCAAGUAUGAGAAGAUGUGGACGUGCAGCAGAGUGCAAAUUGGAGAGCAGGUAGAAUAGAAUCGUCUUUGAAUACAGUGGUUGACAUUCAGCCCAAGGAAAAAUGAGACUAUUCUCUUCAAAAUCUUGAGCUGUUUUUUUCAGUAUCUGGAUGCAGGGAUUGCAGAAGGUAAUGGAAAUGUUUCCACUGACUUCAGUAGGAGUGGGGGUGGGCCUCCUCUGUUCUCAUUUUUUAACAGAUUUCUUUUCCAGUUACUGCAUUCUCCAGCCCACCUGAAUCAGGAGAGGUAGAAUACAGUAGGAAGAAAGCUAGGAAAAGAGAAUAUAUAUAUUUUUUUUAAAUCUCUAUAGCAGGAGAACUUUUAAAAUCAGGUCAUAAUUUUCUUAAUGAAUUUGUGAGCACUGAACAAAACCGUGUAUCGGUGGUCUUGUCUUUAAAAAGCAGUGAGGUUUUUUUUGUUUGUGGUUUUUUGUGUUGUUUUGGUUUGGUUUUUUUUUUUUACUUUAUAAAGAGGCAUUUGGUAAUGGAUCAUAAAGCCCAAACAGUGGGAUGCAGCCUGGCUCAGUGUCAGCAAAGCAAAAAUCAGAAGUACUUUAAUAAUAGCACCCUGGAAACAGGGAUGUUUUUAUAUUAGUGGUUUGUUAAACUGAUGUAAACUGCAUCAAAGACAGUCAAGCCUGAAUUUCUGUAUUGUCUAAACUCUAAGGUGAUGACAACUUGUCAUUUAUUUACCUAACCUUAUGCCUGAUUUAUCAAAUUUUUGAAUGUAUGUUUUAGCAUUGCCUUUUAAUGUAAAAACAAUUCUCACUUUACUGUGAUGAAACCAUUGUUAGUGGUGUUUUACCUAAUUGACUCCUGAGAGAGAAGGUAAUUUCUAAAAUCUUGUGCCAUUUCUGAGAGCUAUCUCUUACUGUCUCAUCUUUUUAGUCACAGCAGUAAUCAUGAAAAAAAACCCUUAACCGAAGAAGUAGUCACUUUUCCUACCCUGGCUAUGUUGUGGGAGGAACUUGUCUUCUGGGUACCAGGAGGGUGUAUUCAGUGUCAUUUUCCAAAUAAGUUCCAAAAUAAUAUUAAAUCUGUUGGGCAGGUAAAUUAUUUAGUAGCUGAGGGACUGAAGGAAGAAGUCAUACUUCUUUAACAAAACCAUGUUCUUGCAAACUUGGGUAGAAUAGGGAGGCAUAGCAGCAAGGAGCUUAUUAUAGGCACGUAAUGAGAGAGAACAGGCAGAUGUGAGAGAGGACUAGCUAAAGAUAGAGAAGAGAGGUGUCCAGCAAUUUAUAAAGCUUAAGAAAAGGAGUCAUGAUGAACACAGAGGACAAGAAUGAAUACAGGCUUUAUGGUGAAAAAAUCUCUGAAUAUUUUUGGUUCCCUUUCCCUGCCACGGUAUAGGUACUAUUGCAUAUAAGCAGCUUUUCUUCAGUAAGGUUUAAAAUGGGGCAAAUAACAGGGACUCUACUGGUGUUCAGAGGAGAGUCUUCCACUGCCAGGACUCUGUCACUGUGCUCCUAAUAAUGCUUCUGACUAUGCUGGAUUUGCUAGAGUUGGAUAAAAAUGUCAAAACUCUGCUAAAAGUGAAAAGGAGAGUGGGAAUUAGAGGAAAGAGGGCCAGGAUGGUGAAGGUAUUCAGGUAGAGUGCAAGGGGAGUGUGAGGAGGAUCUGAACUGAUGCAGAUUAAAAUCUGACUGUCGGGAGGCAGCAAAGAGCUCUAGCGAGCAGGCAGAGGGGGGCAGAAAGCCAAAAAGUGAGGAGAGAGGAUGUACGCUGGGCGAUAAGACAUUCACGCAAAAGAAGGUAAGGCCUGUGAUUUCUUUCAUGAAGGAGUCAGAUGGAGAGGAGCUAUAAUUCAUCAGAGAAUGGGGCAAAUUAAUCCCUUCUUUGCAACGGUUCUUUCUGGUGGCGGAGGACGUACCUCCUUCUCUCCCCUGAAUAGCUGGGCAAAAGCCAUGCAUGUUCCUGCAAUACUCCUCUAAAAAUUGCUGCCAGCCCUGAGGGAAGAAACCCUCGUGGCUGCACAGCAAGGAGCUAAUCGUCACACACAGCUCCAUUUCAAAUUAAAUGCUCCAGUAGAAAGGAAGUGGGGGGGAAGAGGGGCAGUAACCAAACCUGCUGUGUGUGAUUGUGUAUACGUGUACGUGUGCAUGCACUUCUCUGCAGCGUAGCUAUAUUGCACUUCUCUGAGUUUUGCUGAGCCAUUCCAGGUGAUGAAAGUAAAAUGCCAGUGAGAAAGUAAAAGUAAUGAGGAAAAAUGUAGUCACAAGAGAAAAUCAUCAGGGACAUAGACAAGUUUUUUCUACAAAGCACAAAAUCUCACAUCAGAUUUCUUUCUGCCCAGCCUUUCUGAUCUGGAUGAUUUUUAUGGGUUUGCAAAUGCAUUUGACACCACAGGAGUACGCAACUGGGGUAAAAAAUUUCUACACAGAGGACCAUAACAGAACAAUUGCAUCGCCACCUUGGUUUUUCAGUGUUGUGGCAGGUUUAAAAAACCCACUAAAUUAGAAACACACUUUUGCUGCUGGGUUUGCAUUCAAUUUAUUCUGUAAGUCCGUCCCCUGUCUGUAAUCCUGGAAUUUUUUUGCUUUAAAUCUCAGCAAAUCCAUUCUCAUUAAUUUCAGUAAUCUAAGUAUCUCACAUAAGAGAUGAAUCUUUCUACUUCUUUGCAGUGGAAGCUGUCCAAAGCACAGGACUUUGUUGUUCAUCUCACUCAGAACAAUCUCACUCUUCCAUAAUGUCAUGGACCUCACCUGUCCAAUGCAGGUGUGAGAUUUUUCUAAGGAAGAAAGAAUUUCUAAAAAAUCACAGAAAUAAUCUUGAAAUGUAAAUCCAGAAUUUAUUCUCUUGUUUUUCUUCUGAAAAGUUUGUGGUACUGAUUCCUGGAGUGUGUGUAAAUAUUAAUCAAGUCGGUAAUUGGAAUAAUGAAAACAAACUGCCCAGUUCAACUUCCAGGAAACUGAACAAAGCUCAGAUUCCUCAAAACACAAACUAAAUCAUACUGUUUCCAAAUCAGUCCUUAAAAUUUGAGCACUGUUCUUCAUGCCUGAAUCUUUGCUCAUACAUGAUUUAGGGGUUGCACCCUCACUUUUGUGCCUAUAAAAUCCCCAGCUCAUAGAUCUCUGACAAUCAUAUGUAACCAAGAUGUGUUACUCCUCUGCUUUGGAUUGGGGCUGCUGCCUUAAGACAUCCCUUGCCAAAAACCUAGGAUGCUCAAAACAGAUAAGCAUCCACAACUGAGGACUUGCACUACUUUAAUCCAGAUCCAACCACUGUCAGAGGGUAUAAAACCCUCUAAAAUAGAUGGAAUAUGUUUGAGCUUGUAAAUUGUUUGCACGUCUGACUCAGGCCACGUAGCCUCUAGUGCAAGCCCAUACCCAGCCUGUGCACGGGGCAGAGCUCUUGUGCAUCUCUCCAAGCUCUUUUGCCUGUGCUAUUGGACCCCAUAUUUGAUUGACCACAUUAAUGUUGAAGGCAAAAUCCUGCACUCCAGUGCCCAUGCAUUAAAGUAAGAAUCCUGCACACCUCAAAGGCACACUUCAAACCCAGCCUUUGGAGUGAAAGCAAGCCCAAUUUAUAAAUUGUAAUUGAUUUUGUAGCCAGAUGCUUUCAACAGAAUUUUCCAUGACUGCAAUACAGUGAGGUAGAAAAUUGCUAUUGUGCCACAUGUCUAUUAAUAGCCCAUUCUCUGAUUCCAGCUAGCAAUUUAGAUUGUAUUAAAUACUAUUUAUAUAUGCCCUCUCCAGAAACCUCUGUAUGAAAAACAUGUUCAGGUCGAUGUGCACACAUUAGAAAUGCUGUCGUCCCCUGUUAGCACAGAAUCCCCAGAGCAACCAUGAUUUCUGCCACGUACUAGCUUAUUUGCCCUGAUGGAGAGACUUACUAAACUCAAACAUUUGGGGCUGAAAAGAAAGCUACUAGCCUGACUCAUAAAAGCAUCUGAUGAUCACUGAAUAAUUUGGGGAGCUUUUAGAAUGGCCUUCCACCUCUCCUUAAUCCUUUUUGGUGAGCAAGUUGAAGACCUCAGAGAGAAGAAAUGUCUCCAAAAAAUGGCCAUGACUAGAUAGGCAGAUGGUAAUCUCUGCACGUCAGAAGAAAUAGUAUGUUCUCUUUAGUUGCACUAGGAGCUCAGGGGUUUUCUCCAUCUGAUCUCUUUUUCAGUAUUAAAUAGGAAAUGUUUUACUUUGAUGUGUGUGCCUAUACAUCUCAUUAGCACUGAAGAGAUUUGAAGAGUGAGUUCAUAUACAGGAAUUCUUUUAAAUUGCAUUGACAAGAGAAUACAUGUCUUCUUUUCUCAAGAAAAAAUAAAACCCCUGUAUGGCAGAGAUUCCAAGAGCAAACAAAACCUUUUGGAGUAACUGAAGAUUACAAACGCAAAUUAAACUGGAGAAAUAGUUUUGCCUUUCAAGAAAUGCUGGUAUAAAUACCCCAAUAAAGAUACCUCUGCCAGGCAUCAUAGCUGUCUUUCAGGCCGUAGGUUACGCACCCAGCUGGCUGUAAGAACUGCUUUUGGAGACUUUACUAUCCGUUGGACGGUGUCAGUUGCUAGUCUGCAGCUGAAGACACAUUUGCCCAAUGGACUCUAUCAGCUUCUUCCAGAGCCACUAGGGGCUGUCGAGGAUAUUCUUAGUACUUCUCAGAUCAUUGACCUGCUCUGAGCCAUUGCAAGUUUAUUGCAUUAAUCUGUCUGUCAGUGGCCGGCAACUCUCAGAAACCAGUUUGUUAAAAUACUAAAGAUAACAUUAUUGGCACAAACAUCACGAUUCAUUCAGUAACCUACCUAGUUAUUUUUGCCAUAUUGAAACAUAAUUAUCUGUUUGUUAUACUGGGUUAUAAACAGAUUAGUCGUAGGUUUUGGGUAACCGUGUGGAAUGUUUUCGGCACAAAGCUUUUUGACUUGCACACGUAUGUUUAAGAAUUGUGGGCUCAUUUCUCACCUGCUCAAUGGGAAAACAAAACAAAGAUUCUUGAAGGUAGCAUUUUCCAAAAAAACCCAAUCAGGGUGGAAUAAUCUGUCAUACAGUCGCUUUUUUAAUUAUCUCUUGUCUAUCCAAUUUAAAAUACGGAUAUGUGUCUACCAGAGAGAUACCAAUAGAUGUGGGAAAAAGGGAAUAUCUAUCAGGAGUAUACCAAUUAAAGCAGUAGCCUAAAUGGCACCUUCGUUACCCAGCCUACUGCAGCAAUUGCCAGACCUAGCUCACUGUACCUGUGGGCUAGCCACCCUCCUCCGGUAAACCCUGGGUGAGAUGGAGCUGCACAGGUGAAGGCACAGCAUCCCAGUGGAAGCAGCGGGAGACAUUAGGUCUUCAAAAGGCAGCCUGAUAUCUGGAUUCAAGAGAUGAACAUGUAGGUUUGGCAUAAUCAGAGCAACUAAUAACACAGGAACAAGGGUUUACCAUCCUGCUCUGCCAGACAAAAUUUUGACAGUGGCCAUCAGCACAGUCCAGUUUCACAUCCCUCACUGUGGAAAGAGGCUCUCCUCACGGCAAUUCCCUCUAGCUGAGAUUUGAGUCUCAGGAGUGCUUUUUUCUUUUCAUUAAACACGAAGAAACUGCUAAAUCAACCCCCUGAGUGACAGAUUAAUGGUAGGUGGUAGGCGCUGAUGCUCCAGGAAAAGAUGCAGGAAGUGUAUUGUAGAUGGAAAGGUAGUCAUGAAGGUGUCUGUUCAAUGCUUAGGAAUUAGAGUUUCGUUAUAGAACUGAAGUAGGAGGCUUUCUGUUCCUUUGCAAGUAAAUGCCAGCUGUUGCCUUUAGUCUUCUGGAUUUUGGGGGGGAGCCUGUUCAGUGCCCUGCUGAAUGCUGGUGGCUUUCUGACUUCAGAGCCACUCACGGCAGCGAGUUCCACAUCCUUCCUAGGAGUUGUGUGAAAAAGGUAUUCCUCGGAAUUGGUUUUGAAUCAGAAACCUUUUGUUUGGGGAUUUGUUUGAUUUUCCUUCUUUGGCCCCUGUGUAUUGAAUCCAAGGAAUCAGAAAGACCAGCACUACCCUUUCCAGACCGUGCUUUGUCUUUCCUUCUUUUACCAGAGCAGAGGAGAUUUGGCUUUGUCUCCUUCCUAAAGUAAAUUACCCCAAUCUUUUCUGUUUCUUUUCAUGUUACAGACCUUCCACGACUUUGAUCAUUACCAUCACCUUUCUCUUAACUGUUUCCAGUGCCACUUCUUCUUUCAUAUAUACAGCAAAAAAUCUGGUCCUGUUUCAAUCAAUUGAAAUUCAAUAAAUUUUUCCCCCAUUGCAGCAUCCUGCAGAUGCUCUGCCUCUUUCUGCUGCCCCCUGUGUCAAAACAGCCUUCAUGACUAUCUGAGGGGACUCUGGUCCUUGCCAGGCAUCUCUUCCAAGUCUCCUGGCCAUGUCCUACUCUCAUCUGCCUUCUGUUGGCUCAGGGACUUCAUACUCACAUCUGCAGAUGGGAGCGUGAGGGUGUCGCUUAACAAACAAUUAUUAGUAAUGAAAGCCUUGCCGUUAGCAUUGUUCAUAGCCUGCCCAGACCCUUUUCUCUCCUUCUCUCUAAGCAGGUUUUGAUGGGCAAUCCAAUUACUGCUUGCAGAAAAUUGCCCCUUAAUCAGCGAGGAGGGCUGGUGUUUCAGUUUCCGCACAAUUAUCCUCGUGUUGCCACCACCCGUGCAAGCGCUGCCCUGUGCUGCGGGGCGCGGGGCUGGGUGCCCCAGGCUGUGCCCGUGAGCUGCCGGCGGUCUUUGAAUGUCGCUGCUGUUAUACACCCUAACAAGCCAGGACCCUUUUUUUUUUCGAGCUGGGGAAAAAAAAAAGAAAGAAAAAGAAAA